CCAUGGUUGAAGAAAGGUGUUAAGCCCCGUACAGAUGUCACAUUCCGGUACAUUUAAAUGUUAACACAGGUACCUGAUAUGUCUGCUAUAUGUACUGGGAUAUUGAGAUGAUCUCGGCAAGGCAGCGUGUUACUCGAAAGUGGGAGCAGUACUUUGUCAAUUCCUUGCAGUAUCAGCAACUUUCUAACAAGACAUGAUGGAUUUUAUUUGUUGUGUAUGUGUUUCAUCUGAUUAACGUGACAAACGAUUUGUGAAACUACAAGUUCCAUCGGAUAACGGAAGAAAACUAAUCACAACACAAGAGCAUGAUGAAAAAAAUACAUUUUAAUAUGUACUGGAUAAAACUAUGUUAACAUGAGUAAUGGUAUCAACCUUGUUUACUUGGCUCAUUACACAGGGGGCAGGUAUCAGUUACUUAUCACCGAUCGUUUUACGUCAGUUAUUCAGUGUCUGGACGAAUGCUUUUGUAUUACUUUAUGAAAAAACACUGACUUAUAAUGUCGAGCUAUAACAAAAAAUCUUUUGUCUUUCGCCUUAGAAAAAUAACCGCAGUAAGAUGUCGCGUUAGAAAAAUUACCGAGGUAUGAUGUCGCGUUAGAAAAAUUAAAGAGGUAUGAUGUCACGAUAUAAAAAUAACCACAUCAUGAUGACUCGUUACUAUAGGACGGUUCAAUAACGUGAGUUACUGGUAUUGUGUGAAUAGCCCUUAAGAGGGCGCACGCUGCUUCCGGCGACUACCCAUCUCUAGGGACGCAUUCCAGAGGAUGCCGCCGGCAACCCUGAGCGUGAGAGAUGGAGUAUUUGUGUGAUGAAGAGCUAGAAAAGUUCAAGGUUCCUCAGCUCAAACAAUAUCUUAGUAAACAUGGACAAGUUGGUGGUGGUAAGAAGGCGGUUUUGCUUGAACGUGCGAAAGGAAUAGCGAUUCUAAAGGUGAAACCCGUGGAAUGUUUAAAGCAACAAGAUUACAACUAUGACUGCGUACGGAGAGAGGAAAAACUUGUGAUGCCACUCGGUGAAGUCAUUCCAGACCCUACAUUGUUAAAAGGGUGGUCCAGCGAUCUCAGCUCAAUUCCAAACUUUUCAGAGACUGACAUAUAUAAUUAUUUGGUGCUGGCGAGGAAAGCAAAAAGACAGCUAAAGAGCAAGGUAUUUUAUAAAGACCGCCAUGUUCACGACGUGCAGGUACAUCCGGUGAACGAUACAUGCACCCAUUGCCUUGUAAAAUGCAAAGUCAUCCCUUCACUUCCUUCUGGAAACAAAAAAGAAAACCCAGACUACACUAUAUGGACAUGCCUGGCUAAAGUUUCUGGAAAUGUUCUUUCUGCAAAUUGUAAUUGCACAGCAGGGCUGGGAGAAGCAUGCAACCACAUAGGUGCAUUGCUGUAUGCCUUGGUGGACAUCACCGAUAAGAAGGAAGAUGGACUUUUGGCAUGUAUCUCAUUGAAAUGUUCAUGGAACAACCCAAGGAAGCGUCGUUUGAGCCCCAAGAAGGCAGUGGACAUUUUCCGAGGUAAGGAAAGCUACCCCAGGGACCAAGGAUCAGAUUUUCAUUCUACUGUUGAUGAAAAUCGCUUCCGGAAGAGACUUCUGGAGAAGAACUCUAAAGCCGGUUGGCUUACCAAUUUUACGACUGAAAGGAACAAAGUUACUUUACCCCAACUAGACAGUGUUACUUUUAUGUACAGUGACCAAUCUGAUUUACGCAGUGUGGAUAUUGUGUCACAAUUUCAGCAGCAUUUUGCACUGAUUAAUGUUACUGAUGAGCAGUGUGCUGAAAUUGAGAGUGUAACUAGAGGUCAAGCUACAAAUGCAUCGUGGGCUUAUUACUAGUUCCAAUUUCGGAAAAGUAGUGACAAGGAAAUGUACAACUGCACCAGAUUUGACAAUAAAUUUGUAAAAUGGGGACGUGAUCACGAACCAGCAGUAAGGCGUAUGUAUUGCAACAGGAAUAAAAGGUUUCUCAGUAAAUCAGUGAGUUAUAUCCCCAUCUCGGUGCAAGCCCUGAUGGACUUGUCACAAGACAGUGAUGGUCUUUUGGAAAUUAAGUGUCCUGCAGCGGAUAAAUGG